UACCAGCACUCAUUUUGCGCCCGUGUCAUAACGGCACAACUCAUCUCUCAGGAUCAGCUGUAGAUCUGAUGCCUGCUACACGCUCUACAUAACUUUAGUUACAGCGGGAUGAUGGGUGAUAUGUACCAUUACCCGAUUUUCUUUGAGUGCUACGGUCUCCGCGAAGAGCAUAUAAAAGGAAUAGAAACAUAUUUCCGUUGCGCCAUCUCGGGCGGAGGAGACUGCGGCCCACUGAUAAGACUGGGUGAGGACGUCUAUGGUAUUGCUUUCAGAUAUGAAAGGGAUCAGCAGCGAGUCCUUAAAAGAUCAGAGCAUGUUUUGGAGCUUGGAGAUCGUCAUUUGGUGAUCACAGUCCGAGAAAGUCUGGAAACUUACACCAUCCCCACUGCUACAGUAGCGACUCCUGAGAACAUUCCCGCCUCGUCUCUUCCACCAAGCGAUGAAGAGUAUGAACUACACGUUGAUAAUUAUCUCCUUCGUUACCUGAAAGAAUGUCCUCAUGCUCAGCAAGAACUUGAGAACAUGCUUGCCUGUUUAGCCUGCUCUGCUGAUCUUUACUGUGAGGAGGGGAGAGUUUUAGUCAGGAGGCGAGCUCAACCUGGUGCUGCGGAUGAAGUUAGUGAUUGAAAAGCUGAGGUAGACGCUCUCUUUGGUGGCUACUUUUGCCAUUAUGAGGUAAACCCUGACAAAGUUGAAGCUUUGGUUCAGUCCUGCAACUCUUGUCAUACUGCAGGUGAGGUGAAGGUGUACACAGAUGAGUCUGGGAUGGCUGUUGUUGUUGGAGAACUGUCUCUGGUUCAUGCCAGGUUGUUAGACACCGAGCAGUCUUCAAGUUUCCUUGACAAUAUGGCAUCUCUGAGUUUAAGAGAGGAAAGCACAACCAUUGCUAGCUACAGCCUUUGUGAUGGGCUCCAGGUGUUUGUGUGUCAGGGUGACAUCACCAAGCAACACGCUGAUGCUCUGGUUAAUGCAGCCAAUCAGGACUUGGACCACUCUGCAGGUGUUGCUGCUGCACUGAGUCGAGCUGGUGGUCCUGAAAUACAGAGAGAGAGUGAUGAAUUAGUGAAGUGUUUUGGGAAAAUUCCCAUAGGAGAAACAGUAGUGACCACAGGGGGUAACUUAAAGUGCAAGAAACUGCUUCAUGCAGUUGGGCCUGUAGGUGGAAAAGCAAGUAACAGAGAUAAGAUGUUACUGGAGAAAACUGUGCAUUGUGCUUUAAAGUUUUCAGAAAUAAUGGAGUUUCAGUCCAUAGCCAUUCCUUGUAUCAGCUCAGGUGUGUCUGGGGUUACUCUCACUGUGUGCACUGAAGCAACUGUUGCUGCUGUGAAGGACUUUGGCAGUGUGGGAGGUCGAAGUUUGAGGAAAAUCAUCCUGAUUGAUAACAGAGAGGAGGCGGUGAGGGCCAUGCAGGAAGCAUGUGACAGGCUUCUCCAAGGAUAGAUACACCUGAUGAAG